AUGGAUACCCUGCCUGGACUGGAAAACUUGGUGGCCAACACGACCUACCUGAAGGCUCAGAAUAUCAAUCGCAAUAAGCUCAGAGAUCAGUGGAUAUCUCUUUCGCUGCCCAAACCAAGGAUGUCCUCUGAUCUCCAGGCUUCAGUGGGGAGGAAUUACGAGUCACUGUGUGAGCAACAGCCCAUUGGGAAAAAGUUGUUCCAGCAGUUUCUCCUGGCCUCUAACUCGCAGUACAUGGUCGCCACUGAGUUCCUGCAGGAGCUUAGUGACUGGAGCUUUGCUGAAAAAGAAGCCAGAGAGAAGGACAAACAGAGAAUCCUUGCUACGUUUUUUCAGCCCGGGUCCAGGAGUUUUGUCUCAUACUUUACAGGAGAGGCAGCUGGAAUAUGCAAGGUAUUAUCAAUCCAAAAAUUUGAUGAGGAGAUGUUGGACGAGUUACGAGAAGCCACAAGAGACUUGCUGAGGGACAAACCGUUCGUGGAGUAUCUGGAUAGCCCUUAUUUCUAUAAGUUCUUGCAGUGGAAGGAGUACGAGAAGCAGAAAAUCAAUGACAGAUACUUUUAUGAGUUUAGGACUUUGGGAAAAGGUGGUUUUGGUGAGGUGUGUGCAGUGCAGGUCAAACACACAGGGCAGAUGUACGCCUGCAAGAAGCUGGAUAAGAGGUGCUUGAAGAAGAAAGGUUGCGAGAGGCUUGCCCUUCUAGAGAAGCGGAUCCUGGAACAGGUCAACAGCCUCUUCAUUGUGAACCUAGCUUACGCCUACGACAACAAGAACCACCUGUGCCUGGUCAUGGACCUUAUGAAUGGAGGAGACCUACAUUUCCACAUAUACGAGCUUGGGGAGCGGGGUAUGUGUAUGGAGCGUGUUGUUUACUACGCCGCCCAGAUAACCACUGGGAUUCUUCACCUGCACACUUUGGACAUAGUGUACCGGGACAUGAAGCCUGAGAACGUGCUUCUGGAUGCCAAAGGACAGUGUCGGCUGUCAGACCUGGGAUUGGCUAUGGAGCUACCAAAGAACAAAAAGGUUUGCCAGACGGCUGGUACGACUGGUUACAUGGCCCCUGAGAUCCUAAAGAGGGAGGCCUAUCGCACAUCUGUGGACUGGUGGUCUCUGGGCUGCACCAUCUAUGAGAUGCUGGCUGCCCGUUUGCCUUUUAAAGACUUCAGGGAAAAGGUGCAGAAUGAUGAGGUGACUCGUCGCACUCUGGAGGAUGACUGCAAGUUCGAACACAAAAACUUUGAUGAUUCUUCCAAAGAUCUCAUCAGAUGCUUUCUUAAGAAGAAGUCGGUGCAUCGCCUUGGGUGCCGCAAUGUCAAUGACGAUCCACGGAACCAUGUGUUUUUCAAGAGCAUCAAUCUCCGCCGUCUGGAGGCCGGUCUGGUUGAUCCGCCAUGGGUGCCAAAAUCCAACGUGGUCUACGCCAAGGACACAAAUCCUUUAAUGGAAUCCUCCUCCGUCGAAGACAUUCAGUUUGAGCAAAGGGAUGAGGAAUUCUACAAGAAGUUCAGCACAGGAGCAGUCUCCAUCCAAUGGCAGAAGGAAAUGAUCAACAGUGGUGUGUUUGAUCAUCUGAACGACAAAGAAAAUAACUGUAAUGGCUACAACAACGAGUCCAGCAUGUGCAAUAUCUUGUGA